AGCAACAAUCCCGGCCAAGCACUACGACAGCUUUCUUCUGCUAGUAUGCUGGAACCUGUGGAAGCACCGCAACGAGGUGGUGUUCAACAGCCUCCCCCCUUCGCAUGAGAGACUCUGGUGUGCCUGCAAAACUGAUGCUCGAGAAUGGAGCUAUAGGUGGAAGUCAGCAGACUACGCAGUGAACGAAGCCUGGUGUUUUCUCUUUUCGAAUAUGUAAUCCUUUUCCAGUUUUUUGGCCCCCUGUUUUUCCCUAAAAUUGCUGAAGACCAAGUGUAAAACUUUUGGCUUGCAAAAAGCCCGUUAAUCAAAAUUCAGGUGGGGGAUGCUCUCCUCCCCCCGGUGACCAUCAAAAAAAAAUCCGAGUUAAGCCUAUACGCCACCAGCCUAUUACAACAUACUUGGAAGUCGGAACUCUCUCUCCUGUUGUCUUCAACACAAGACACAAUAACAUCAGCUGCAUCGUCACAUCACCGCGAAGCAAAAGAUCCAGCAGAAAGCCAGCACAGAGGUGAGAGGCCCCGUGAUCCGGCGGAAGGCGCGAGCCAUGGAGAUCGCCACGGUGGACCUCCGCUGCGUGGAGCCCGGCGGGCCGGGGUGGGAGGCCGCCCGCGCCGCGGUGGCCGCGUCCAUGGCGGCGCACGGCUUCGUCAUCGUCGCGCACGGCGCGCUCAGCCCGGACCUCCGCCGGGCUCUGUUCGCCGGCGCCCUGCCGGAGCUCUUCGCGCUCCCGCUCGAGGCCAAGAAGCGCACCGUGUCCACCAAGGGGCAGUUCAGGGGCUACAUCGGCCAGCGGCCCGGCAUGAACUGGGAGAGCCUCCGCGUCGGGGAGCCCACCGACGCCGCCAGCGUCCGCGCCUUCGCCGACCUCCUCUGGCCGGAGGGCAACCCGGAGUUCUGCGAGACGAUCGUGUCGUUCGCCAAGGACAUGCUGAAGCUGGAGGAGAUGGUGGAGACGCUGGUCCUGGAAGGCCUCGGCGUCCGUGGGGAGAGCGUCCGCGCCCACUUGGACAUGCUCGGGCACGGCAUCCGGAUGUCGCACUACGGCGCGCCGCCGGACACGGAGACGGCCAUGUCCAUGCAGCCGCACUACGACGACAGCAUGGUCACCACGAUCGUGCAGCACGAGGUGGAAGGCCUGGAGGUGCACGUCGGGGACGGGCGCUGGGCCGCCGUCCCUGCCGAGCCCGGCACCUUCGCUUUCGUCGCCGGCGAGCAGCUCAGGGUCGCCACGAACGGGCGCGUGCCGGCGUGCCUCCACCGCGUGCGGACGCCGAGCAACCGCGAGCGCUUCUCGGUGCUGUUCGGCCGCCGGCAGAAAGACGGCGUCGCGGUGCGCGCGCUGGAGGACCUCGUCGACGCGGAGCACCCGCUGCUGUACAGCCCCCUGAGGCACGAGGAGUACUCCAAGUGGCGUUACUCGGAGGAAGGGGGGCUCAAGUUUGAGGAUCCACUCAAGGUGUUCUGUGGUGUGGACAAAGUCGGAGCCAUCGUUUGAUGGAAAGCUUGACAUGCCAGCUUGUCAAGCCGUUCGGAAGUCGCCAUUGCGAUUUGUGAAUGUGCUCUACUGUUAUUCAGUGCUCCGUAUGUGACAUAAUUAAAUGACGGUUUGGUUUAAGUUGCAUACACUGAUUCUAUGGAAACUUUUGACUCUAUUAAAUAUCAGCUUUUAAACAGAAA